UGCACAGACGUGGGGACAGGAUGUUCCAGCCAGUGAUUUUCUUGGGAUAAAGUGGAUGAUCGACAGCAGCACUGCCGCAAAGAGUGAGAGAGGGAGGCACAGCUCAGCAUCCAGAGGCUGGAGCCUGAGUCAGAAGGGGGAAAGGAAAGAGGUUAUGAUUUUCUCUUCUCCCUCUUGAAUUCUAAAACUUGGAAAUCCAAGAGCACUGUGGAUUUAUGCUUUUACAGAUCUCUCCAGUCCAGACAUUGAAAUAAAAGCAGCUGUGGAGCUUUGGAGGGGAUGCUCUAUACAGAGUUAAUGAAUAAGCUUUGCUUGUUCAUAGAGAGAAGACAAUUGCCUGGAUCUCUAAAACUACACUGAACAGGACAUGAAUGGGAUGGCAUCAGAUCACAAUACUUCCUCCCAGGAAGAAUACUUCCCACACUAUCUCCAGAAGGAAGAUCCUUUUGCGUCAAAGCUCUCCAAAGAAGCUGACAUUGUAGCUGGGUUUUAUCUGUCAGUGAUUGGAAUUCUUUCAACUCUGGGAAAUGGGUAUGUUAUUUUUAUGUCUUCAAAGCGAAAAAAGAAGUUGAGACCUGCUGAGAUAAUGACUGUUAAUUUAGCGGUGUGUGAUCUGGGCAUUUCAGUUGUAGGAAAACCUUUUAGUAUCAUUUCCUUCUUUUCUCACCGCUGGGUGUUCGGAUGGAUUGGCUGUCGCUGGUAUGGAUGGGCUGGUUUCUUCUUUGGCUGUGGGAGCCUUAUUACCAUGACAGCUGUCAGCCUGGAUAGAUACCUAAAAAUCUGCCACUUGUCUUACGGUACUUGGCUUAAGAGACAUCAUGCAUUUAUCUGCCUGGCAAUAAUCUGGGCCUAUGCUACUUUCUGGGCUACAGUGCCUUUUGCUGGUGUGGGGAGCUAUGCCCCUGAGCCAUUUGGGACCUCCUGCACUCUGGACUGGUGGCUGGCACAGGCUUCAGUGGCUGGACAGGCUUUUAUUCUGAGUAUUCUUUUCUUUUGCCUCCUGUUCCCAACUGUGGUGAUUGUGUUUUCCUAUGUCAAAAUCAUUUUGAAAGUCAAAUCAUCCACCAAAGAAGUUGCUCACUAUGACAGCAGAAUUCAGAACAGUCACAUUCUUGAAAUGAAGCUGACCAAGGUGGCAAUGUUGAUCUGUGCAGGGUUCCUCAUUGCCUGGAUCCCUUACGCUGUGGUUUCCGUGUGGUCAGCCUUUGGACAGCCAGAUUCAGUUCCCAUUCAGUUUUCGGUGGUACCAACUUUGCUUGCAAAGUCAGCAGCCAUGUACAACCCAAUUAUUUAUCAGGUUAUUGACUGUAAGUUUGCCUGUUGCCGGUCAGGAGAACUGAAGACACUGCAGAAGAAAAGCUCUUCAAAGAAAUCAAGGACAUAUACCAUAUCUACACACAGAGACUCAACGGUGAUGAACGAAAUCCAAUUGGAAGUCUAAAGGCUCCUUUCACAUACAGCAAAUGAAAACCUGAUGAUAAACUGUCAUACUGUGUCAAGUUCUUCUUUCUGUAAAUAAAUUAAAACACAAUGACAGUUUUAUUUUGCUCUCUAGUCCUAUGUACAAUGUAGUUCUUUCCAU